AUGGGUCACAAUCAGACAUCCUGCAGCCAGGCCGACGUUCUCGUCAUCCCGCCGGAUGGCCUCUGUGGCUGGCAUUGCCUAGUCGCCAGUCGGGACGUUCAAGGUUUCCUUGCAGUGGAGCGGACUUCCCUUGGCUACGCCAAAGCCGUGGACCGACUGCGGCUAGAGACACAUCUAGCACGCACGCUGUGCAAAGAGACCUGUGACCUUGCGCUCGAGCGCAGCCCGCACCAGCAGGAGGCUAUCGAACGAGUUCGAUGCCAAGAGUUCUUUGCCAUGGAGGACCUUGCUUGGAUAGCGGAUGCUUUGCAGAUUUCGGUUCGGGCUUCGUGCGAUCCAGAGGCACCGAUGCACUUUCACCGCGGGGUUUAA